AUGACGAGUGGACCAAAGAUAGUGCACAUCGAAACACGGUACGUGGAAACCGACGCUAUACACUUCAGAGAUGUGGUUCAGCACCUCACAGGGAAGAACUCCUCCACGACAAAUUGGGUAGGAAAUGGUGCCUCAUUCUCAUCCGUGGCAUGCUCUUCAGAUUAUAAUAAAAGAGGAAUUGCAAAUGGUGGUGUCAUGAGUGCCAAGCCACAUGAAGAUAGCACUACUGAUGGUAAAAAGAAUAGUGUUGCAUCUUCCAUGCUACUCAUGAACGUGUCCUUCAAAGACUUUGAGGGUCUGUUGUCUGAUAUGCCUCCCAUGGAGGAGUUGCUCAUGUUGUAG